CCCAGCCCGCCCACUUCCUCCUCCCUGUGCGCACCUCGUGGGCAGCUAGCUCAGGGCAGUCCUGGACACAGGGGCCGCCCAGGCCCCUGGACACGUGUGAGCUCAAGGCCUCCGCCCCACGUGCCGGGCUCACCGGCUGGAAGGUCCUUUGGCCCCACAGACUGUGGCGCCCCGCUCGGGCACCUGGGCAGCAGCCACAACGGACGCUCAGGUCGCGCCCCGAUGGGCUGGGGUCUGUGGGGUCACACCUGCGCGUCCCGGGUCCCGAGACCCAUCCCGGGGGCAGCGGGAGGUCACAGUGCAGCGCCCGCGGUCAGGUGGCCUGUGGCGAGCCUGGGCUGCGCGCUGCCUGUUCCCGCCAGGGCGCCCUCCCCACGUCCCCCAUGGUUCUUGGCCUCGGCCGCAGCGGCCGCGCUGCCCCACGCAGGCUGGCCGCUGCCUGUCCCUGGAAGUGACGUCCGGGCCAGGGUGUAGCUGCCGGCCAGGUGCAUGCCCUGGGCCGGCGGUGGGGGACUGUGCCCUGGGGCGCCCCCUCCUUGGCACUGGAGGGUGGCGCAGGCACAGUGCCAGGCCGAGCCUUGGCCAGUUCUGGUUUCACUUCCCUGCGAGGUUGGUGGCCCUCACCGGUGUCCCUGCGGGGCCCAGGGGCCGGCGUCCCUCAUGUCUGUCAACAUGGGCAGCCGCUCGCUGGGCAGGGGCUUCUGCUUUGGGAUCCUCAGGGGGCCACUUGCGGGCACCGGGAGGGCCAGGCCCACGCUAUGGCAGGUGAAAGUCUUUGCCUGAGAUCUGGCUGCGCCGCCCGGGUGGUGAGGGUGUGGGCGUGGGGCUGUGAGAGGACGCCCCAGGGACAGGGUGUGAGCAGGUCAGGCGGGUGCCCUGAGACACACUGCCGGGCCGUGGUCACUCCCUGGCCUGGGGUUGGCGGGGCUGGGAGGCCGCGGAGAGCUGGGCUGCCCGUUGGCCCCGAGCCCCAUUCUGCUUCCUCGAGCCGCACGCAGUGGCCGACGCGGGACCCAUGAGCCCUCCUGGCGUGGGCUCCCAGCCGCUGGUGCCACCGUAGGCCGCCCUCACCUCCAGCGCUCAGGGCCAGUGCCAGGCGCCCCAGGUCCCUGGAGGGGCCUGCCCUACCCCCACUGGCCUGUCCCUGGCGCCGCUGCCAGCUCUUCCUGCACCCCCUUUGCUUCUGGGGGGCCGCCCCCCUCGCUGCAGAGCCGCUUUCCGUCAGUCGUCCGGCCCAGGAUCCUGCUGCCCCACCCAUGAGGGUGCUGGCGCCCGUCCCUUCAGCGUGACUCCACGGCUGCAGGGGCCUGUGGGCUCAGAGGUUUCGAGCAUCGCCCGAUGGGCUUUGCUGUGGGUCGACCUGGGUGCCUCUUCGGGGGCACGACCUCCCAGAAGGGCCGACGGGUGCUGGGCGGCGCAUGGAGGCCUGGGGCAUGCAGUGCUCACCCUCCGACGGGGUGUCCGCUCCUGCUCCCUGAGACACGCCGGCUGCAGGCUGCCAGGAAGGGCCUGGCCGCCCGCUCACUGCCCGUCGCUUGCUCGGUCAUUCGUGCCCUGGGAAUUCUCCUUUAGUUUGUUCCUGGUUUUCCAAGGAGGCCUGGGAGGGGGCACGGCAGGGGCACCUCCCAUGGUGGUGCCUCUGCUCAGGCCCACUGACCUGGCCUCCCCAUCUGCUCCACCCAGCAUCCCACGUCGUGUGCCGGCUCCCCAGGGCUGAGCUCCCUGGCCUGGGCUCUGCGUGGCGCCAGCCCAGAGAGCGGGGUGCAGACGCGCAGCCAGCGCGGGGGUGCCUCUGAGCCGCAGCGGGGCACCCGGUGCCCAGCAGCACAUUUCCUCCUGAAAACUUCUUAAGUGCCCGCAGCUCGCACCAGCCCCAGCUCAGAGGCGCCCGUGGGCUGGGCCAGCGAGGCAGCGUCCACUUGCCCGAGGCCACGGUGACGGGUAUUAUCAUGGGCACCUGCGGGGCCAGAGAGGCUGUUCAGGGCAGGCGGCGAGCAGAGGUCCGUGCUCUUGAAGCCUAUUUAUAGGUCUUGGCUACCUUGAGCGUCACCUUACCCCUGACACACUUCGGGCGCCCGGCUCCUGCCUCAAAGUCGGUGCCAGAGCCGGCGGCACCUCGGCAGUGACCGGCAUGACAGUCGCACGUGUGUGUCUAAGCCUAGAGAUAAUAAAGCUCGCUGUAGAGCCACAGGAAGGCCCAGCCACAGCACAGGCCGCUGCUCAAGCUCGGCCAGGACGGGCCAGGACGGCCCAGGAGCAUUCUUGCUGCAGGACGCACCCGCCAGGCGGUCGUGCACCGUUGUUUUUGCCACGCAGUGCGAGCGGGUGAUGACUUCGAAAUGAACCUUUUACAAAGGCAGAGGGCGGGGACAGUGGGAAACUGGUGUCGCCGAAGUGGAAGAAUUUCAAGGGCCUGAAGCUGCAGUGGAGAGACAAGAUCCGGCUCAACAACGCCAUCUGGCGGGCGUGGUACAUGCAGUAUUUGGAAAAGCGCAAGAACCCCGUGUGCCACUUUGUCACCCCUCUGGAUGGCUCAGUGGACGUGGAUGAGCACCGCCGCCCAGAGGCCGUGGCCACCGAGGGCAAGUACUGGCGGAGCCGCAUCGAGAUCGUACUGCGGGAGUACCACAAGUGGAGGGCCUACUUCAAGAAGCGGCUGCAGCAGCACAGGGAUGAGGACCUGUCCAGCCUGGCCCAGGACGAUGACGUGCUUUACUGGCACAAGCAUGCGGACGGCUGGAGGAGCCCUGUGCCCAUGGAGGAGGACCCGCUGCUGGACACGGACAUGCUCAUGUCGGAAUUCAGCGACACCCUCUUCUCCACGCUGUCAUCACACCAGCCCGUAGCUUGGCCCAACCCUCGGGAAAUAGCGCACCUGGGGAACGCGGACAUGAUCCAGCCGGGGCUGAUGCCCUUGCAGCCCAACCUGGACUUCAUGGACACCUUCGAGCCUUUCCAGGACCUCUUCUCACCCAGCCGCUCAGGCUUGGGCCCCGUGCUGGCCGCCGCCACCUCAGCGCCUGCGCCGGGUCCCGACAGCCCACCUGCCCAGGGCGUCCUGGCGCCCCCGGCCCUCCCCGCCGUGAGCCUUCCGGACAGCCUCAUCGCUGCCCCUGCAGAUGCUUCGCUGGGCCCCGCCCGUCGGCAGGGCUGCGACCCCACCAGGCCGGGGGACCCCUUCCUCCAGCCCACGGACUUCGGUGCCGCUACGGCCCCGCUGGCAAAUGCCCCGCCGCUCCCAGCCCUCUUCGCCGUGCCCGUGCUCUGCCCCAGCCCCGCCCCGGCGCCCGCUUCCCCGGCCUUGCCAUGGGCCGCACCAGCCUUCCUGCCGCCCCCGAAGCCUGCCGAGCCCAGCAGGCCCCCCUCCGUCAUCACCCACACGGCCUCCGCCACCCUCACCCACGACGCUUCAGCCACCACCUUCAGCCAGAGCCCGGCCCUCGUCCUCACCACCCCCACCCCCGCGCCAGCAGGCGGCCCCUGCGGCCUGGCCCUGGCCCCUGCCACCCAGCCAGCGGCGGUGGGGUCCCCCCAGCCCCGUCUCACCUUCGUGCACCCCAAACCUGUGACCUUGAGUGGGGGGAGGCCGAAGCAGCCCCCCAAGAUAGUGCCGGCCCCCAAGCCGGAGCCUGUGUCCUUGGUCCUGAAGAAUGCUUGCCUCGGCACAGCCACCUUCCCAGGACCGCCGCCCACGGUGAUCAUGGCGUCCGGGCCUCUCAAGAGGGAAGGGAUGCUGGCCGCCGCCGGGCCCCAGCCCAGCGUGGUCAUCGCGCCUGCUGCCCUCCCCAGGGCCCCGGCAGCUGCGGACUUCCAGGGUGGCCUCCUGCUGACCGAGCUCUGCCACGGCGGCCAGGCAGCCUCCGGCCCACGGCUCUUCUCCCCAGCGGCGGCGCAGGACGGCCUGGUGAAGGGCGAGCAGGUCCCCACUGCCGCCCCCGGCCGUGACGCACCGAGCUCGGGGCAGGCAUCACCGUGCGCCUCGGAGCAGAGCCCAAGUCCGCAGUCCCCCCCGAACAGCCGCUCAGGGAAACCCGCGGACCCCAAGAGCGCGGCGGUCCUGAAGACGCGGCAGCUGAAGCACAUCUCGGCUGAGCAGAAGCGGCGUUUCAACAUCAAGAUGGGUUUCGACACGCUCAACAGGCUGAUCGCUAACCGCGCCAAGCUGACCAGCCACGCGGCCACGCUGCAGAGGGCCGUCGAGCACAUCUCCAAGCUGCAGCAGGAGCGCGCCCAGAUGCAGGAGGAGGGCCGUCGGCUGCGGGAGGAGAUCGAGGAGCUUAACGCCACCAUCCUGUCCUGCCAGCGGCUGCUGCCCGCCACGGGGGUGCCGGCUGCCCGGCGCCCGCUGGACCACAUGCGCGACAUGUUCGACGAGUAUGUCAAGCGCCGGACCCUACAGAACUGGAAGUUCUGGAUCUUCAGCAUCAUCAUCAAGCCGCUCUUCGAGUCCUUCAGGGGCGUCGUGUCCACCAGCAGCCUGGACGAACUGCACCGCACGGCGCUGGCCUGGCUGGAGCAGCACUGUGCCCUGCCCGUUCUGCGGCCAACGGUGCUGAGCACUCUCCGGCACCUGGGCACCACCACCUGCAUCCUGACGGACCCCGCCCAGCUGCCGGGGCAGGCCGCUGAGGCUGUCGCUGGAGUUGGGCAGAGGCCGGGUCCGUCUCGCCUGGGCAACACAUGACCAGUGUGGCUGGCCGCCCACCUCACCCGGGCCACAGCCCCAUCCGCGCCCCCAAGGCCUGGCGCGUGGGGACAGGGCCUCCCACUGUGCCUGUCCCCGCCGGACACCCCGCGGGCAGCCCCCACGCCGGGCCCCUGCCCUGCCCACCUGCCUCCUUGCUGCAGCUGGUGGGGUCGGCGUCGGUGGGCAGCCGGGGCACAGGUAGGAGCUGGCCUGCUGACCGCAGCCUUGGGGUCCCUCAGGGCUCAGGCCUCAGGCCGUGAGUUGGUUGGGCAGUGUGACCCGGCGCGGCGGGCUCCGGCCCAGACCAGCAGUCCCGGUGCACCCCGAGGGCCGGGCAUGCGUGAAGGGGCUGACGUCCAGUUCCUCGCACGUGCUGGGCCCCAGCCGGUGGGAAGGACUCGCUGGCCCCCGUGCGUCCACCCCACCAGAGGCCGCCCGCCCUGUAGAUGUGUUUACAGGACUCUGGGCCAGCCCGGAGUCGGCGCCGGGGCCGCAGGCAGGGGCAGGGCUGGUCCUUCGCCCCGAGCAGGGCAUCUUGGUCAGGGGACAGCGUGUCCCCGCCGUGGCCGGAUGGGCCGGCCUGGCUCCCUGUACCUUCAGGUCAGACGCGCCCAGGCCUGUGCUGCUGGAUGACUAAGGCUGUGGCCUGCGCAGGGCCCUGGGGAGGGGGUGACCGGCAGUCCCUGUCUGUUGGCCGGUCCGCCCGCCCCAGCCACUGUGUCCUCCCUGGCCUAUCCUGGCCCAUGCUGGCAUGCCCUAGCCCCACCACCCCACCCCUCCUGGCCCCUCCCUGACCCCUCCAGGCUUCCCCGGCAACCCUGGCCCUUCCUGCCCCCCAUCCCUCCUGGCCACAGGCCGCCCACCGGUGCUCCCCGCCACCAUCUGGCGGUGUCUGCUGCGUCUCCGGCGCCGUGGCCGCACCUGGCGGGAGUCCGCAGGCGUCUGCCGUCCUGGCCGGGGCUGGGCGCCUGCGGGCCCCCGCUUGUUUACAGCCCUCGCGGCCGCUUCCCUG